UGCGUCACUGAAGGAAAUGUAUCUCCGUGGGACUCUCGUGCUCCUGCUUUUCCUAGCGUGUCUUUCACAGCUGAUCUUCACUGCGGAAAGCAGAGGUGAUAAUAACAUUUCCAUACAAAAAGGAAAGUUCACAACCAAGGACAAGGCGCAGUGUUCGUGGGUGGCACGCGGAGAGGACAAGUACACCAUGACUGUUACAUGCAAGCCUGGAAACGGGGAUGGAUUCACCUGUAAAUAUACUGGCAAGCCCUUGAGGUGCACCGAAUAUAGGUCUAAUCCCGAGGGCUAUUGGAAACAGAUCGCAAGAUCAGUUAAAAAACAGAAGAAACUUUGCGCGGAUCCGCGCGCAUUGAUCCGAGCGGGCAUGUGCAAGCGCGCGCCUCUGGAUGCGCAUUUCAAACUCUCCGAAACGUCACAAGCUAAACCCCCGAAGACAGAGAAGACGCCUACAGCCACGAACACAACGCCUCCGGACACUAAGUUAAAGUGCACGGGGCGCACUGACCACAGCGAGGUAGCUAAAGAGAAGUGCGGAGAUUCCUGGGCGAGUCUCUGCACGUUUCUCUUCACUGUAAUCCAGAGCGGAGACUGCUAAACGCGCGCGCUCUCGACGUGUAUGUAUGCGUUUGUGGGCACUGUUACAGGCUACUACUGAUAAAUGUGUAAAACAUCGCGUUUUUGUUAUUGUAAACACAAAAAUGUACUGUACUGAUUCUGACAGCUGAGAAGGUGGGUCAAGAUGCGCUUGUUCCCACCACCUGUACUUUUGCCUUGACCACUAAAUUUAUUCUUGACACAUUUACAGUUU